AUGGCUCACGUUACAGUUGAUUGGAAUCCACUUGGAAAGGCAUUUUAUAGGUAAGUAGUUCCUUUUAGAUCAGACUGUCUCGAAGUUGUGGCUUCCCUGUAUAAUUUAUUUAUUAUUUAUUAUUAUUAAUCCCAAAUAUCAACAGGACCAAAUCUCAUCCAUAGAGAGGGGGUUGUGGUUUUUAAAUGGAAUGACUCCACAAAUUAAAUGGCUACAUGACAACUUCUGCUUCUGCUUUUUUGCUGUUGUUUUUAGCUUUUUCUUUGCAAAAAACAUUGAAACAGGGUAGUUAUCAGCAGUGACAACUGUCCAUGGUUCUAUGGUGAUGUAUGUUGCAGAUGACACCUGUGAGAUCUUUGGAAUAAUAUUUUUUACAUCAUAUAAAAUUCUACGUAUUAUUGUUUUAUUAUUCAUUCAAAAUAUUUGUGACCUUCUUUGGGAAAACGUACACUAACGAUAUUUCGUUAUCGUUAGAAAACUAACGGAUAGCUAACGGCUUUUCUAACGUUCUAACGGUUUGUCCAAACGUUCUAACGGUUUGUUCUGACGUUCUAACGAUUUGUCCAAACGCUCUAACGAUUUGUUCUAACGCUCUAACGGUUCGUUCUAACGCUCUAACGAUUUGUUCUAACGCUCUAACAGUUGAAUUGGUGGAAGUAAUCGAGCGCUAUUCCCUAUUAAGCAAUCUAUUAACGGCUGGUUAGUUCAUCUUGUUGUUAUCAAUGUAUUGAGCGAAAGUUUUAAGUACAGCUGUCGAUCGAUAAACGGCUGAAAAUUGAAAGCAUCAAAAUCACUAGUGAUGUGAUCAACGAGUAAAAUAAUAAUCGAAAUCGACUUGCUCUCGAAACGACUGCGCUUCAAAACAGGCCGUCCAAUUUCUCCUGGAAUGAAACUUCUACUGCAUCGUAUUGACAAGAACUACUGUUUGCAAACACGUAUCUUGACUUGGGACUGUAAUGUUUCCAAAAACUACCCGUAUAUCAAGCAAGCCCCUCGAUGUCUGAUGAAAGUUUUUCAACAAGAUGCCGUAUCGGUUUCGUAAACAACUUUAUGCAAAUUUCGGUUGAAAUUUGACUCCCGGGAAUUUGAAUACGCAGUGAAGCGUUGUGUGACGGACAACACAUGAAUAAAAGCUGUAUUGAAUGAUUGUAGACUUUUUUAAUUACUAGAGAGCCUCAGUUAUUUAGGACUACAAAUCAAAUGGAAAAAAAAUUAAAAUCCCAAAACGGAACAAUCUGAUCAAUAGUUGUAGAUGCAAGAAAAAUUUGCAUAUAUCAUGUGUAAUUUCAAUUAACCAACAAUGGAUCUUGCUUGCUUGCAUCUUUUCAUUUAAAAAUACACACAACAGCAACGUUUCUAAAGGCAAAAGGACGGGAAGAAGGUCAUGACUUUUAUACCGAAGGUUUUCCUGCAACCAUUCAAUUCAUUCGAGAUCAAUUAGCGGAAGUCUGCAGAGAAGCGGAUUUCAAGACGUGUGCUUGUUUGUUUACUUCUUAUCGUCGGUAUCUUUUGCCUACAGCCGACGACCAAGCAUUUUGAUAUUAAUUAAUUUUUUCGUUUCAAAAGCGUAGAACGGGUAGGGAAUUGUGUCGUUCGUUCACUGGACGUUGGGAAACGGGUUUGGCAAGAAUCACUAGUUUCAGGUGCCCGAUGCGGGCUCCUUGUUUAUAAUUUCGGUCGCCCGCGGGCGAAUAAAAUUAAUCGUAGAAACCUCUGACGACAGGCCGCCCAUAAGGCAGCGGCCUUGAUCAGCAAAGCAAUAGAAUCGUCAGUUAACGCUUUAGUUUCCUGGACUAACGCUCUAACGGAUACAACUAACGCUCUAACGGAUAUACAUGAGUUGCUAACGAAUUGACUAACACCUCUAACGGAUACAACUAACGCUCUAACGGCUACGGAUGAGUUGCUAACAAAUUGCCUAACGCCUCUAACGAUUUUCAUUGAAUCAUCUAACGGAUGACUAACGGACAGCUAAUGGUCUAACCGUUUAACGAAAUAUCGUUAGUGUACGUUUUCCCAAAGAAGGUCACAUUUCCUCGAAGCUGAAGACAUCCUUACCUAUAUAUAAAACUCCAGUAGUCAAACAUCUACCUGUUUUUAACCAGUUCCAGAUUAUGAGGGCAUAUAAUAUUCUUGCUGAUAUUUUUCAAAUGGUAGUUUUCAGUGUCUUUGUGUGUUAUUUCAAAGUUUUUGAGGGAGAAGUUCAGGAAUUUUAAUGAGGUUAAAUAGAGAAUACUUCAUGGAAAGUGCUGGGGUACGGUAUUUACGCAAGAGUUGUUGACGUAUCAGAAAUCGAAUGAGUGAGCGCAGCGAACAAGUAAGAUUUCUGAUACAAAAACAGCGAGUGCGUAAAUAUUGUACAAAGCACUUUCCAUGUGGUAUUGUGUUUAUUAUAUACGUACUGAGAUAUUCAUCAUUUUGGCAGCCUUUUUGUUUUAAAUCUUUCAAAAAUGCUAAAAUUUGCCGCUACACACUUACCGCGAAAUGACAACGAAAAUGAAGUAUCAGCUUUUCAGUAAAAACGUUUGUUAAAAACAAUAUAAAUGACGGUAAGGAUAUGAGGUAAUCUAAGAACUAUAAGUAAUCUUAACUGUUUGUUCUCAAUGCAAAAUAGAAAAUGAGUGAAUUUAAGUAAAAUGGCCGGUUUCAAUAUAAGCUUAAGCUUAAAUGAAAGGCAAAGUAGCUCCGACAAAAAGCACAGCAAAAGCUUACGUCUCGUUCUGUUUUUCCCUUUCCGCUGUUGUUUCGCCAGCUCUCUACCAUUUUCUUCAUCAACAGUGAAGCAAACGAAACUAUUCCACUCCAUUUCCAGAAUGUUUUUCACUUUUUUAGCGAAAAAAACUCUUUGAGUAAAACUUUUCUUGUUGAAUGUGUGCAAAGCCAUGCUGCAAGCUGCAAUAAAAGGCGGGAAUUCUGGCGCGAAACUCACACACCUCUUUGGCUUCUCAUUUUUCUCACACAUGAAAAAACAUCGUUUGCAAUUCUGAUUGGACGUAUCAUUUUUUUCACGUGUGAAAACUAUCGUUCGCUACUCUGAUUGGCUAGAACUAAUUUGCGUACAAAAAUUUAUGACAUAGCUUUUUGGUAAGUAUUUCUCAGUAUGUAUAUAAUAAAUAUAGUUACUUAACUUAGUUAACGAUGAGGAGCUCCAGUAGCUGCUCAGUAGUUAGCUUGGCAUUAGCGUGGCAUUGACGUGGCGUUGGUGUGGUGUUGACAUUUGUUAAGGUUUUAUUGGUGUGCUUUGGUGAGCUGGCAGUUAUCCUAGGCUCUUUUGUUUUUACCGGGGUUCAUAUUUCUGUACAAGGUCUAUUGCAGGGCAAUUUCCAGUACCCCUAGGUCAGUGGUGUGUAAUUUAUGCAUCUGAGUUUGCAUGUACUAGUAGUUUUACAGUGCAUAGUGUUCAGGGUGUUUUGCUCAGUGUUACCCAGUUUUAGUGUUUUUCCCCUUUCUCCACACCUCUUAUUAUUAUUUUUAUUAUUAUUAUUAUUAUUAUUAUUAUUAUUUAUUAGUAUUAGUGUGGUCCUUAUUUCUUCACUGAACUCUCAGUUCAGUGUGAUGGGUACUUUGGCUGGGGCUGGGUGUGGCUGGCAAGGCUCGUGGCUGGGUUAUAGGUAGGGCAGGCUUGUUGGGUGUUCUUGCUACCUGGGGUAGGGGUUGGCGGCUCCAUUUCCUAGGUUCUACCCAUGACAUAAGAAAUCUUCCACCAUUAUUUUACUCUUGGUCUUCAACACCAAAACAGCCAAACCAUCACUCUGCUUCUUUGCUUGAUUUCUGUGCAUCCUUUUCCAGUUUGGAGGUGUGUCUAACAGAACGUUUAACACCUUGAACUCCAGAUCUGGAGGAUCAGGGUUCAAUCCUCGCCUGUUGAAUUGAUUCCUUAGACAUGGAACUUUACUCCACUUUGUCUCUCUUCACCCAGGUGUAUUAAUUGAUACUGGCAACAUACACUGCCAGGAUGUGAUGAACUAGCAUCCCAUUAAGGGGGGAGUAGCAUGCUUCAUGCUAAGGAAACCGAGAGAAGCUGUAGCCAUUUUCGACCUUUGGGUUGUGCGUAAUCUUCUUUACAUGGUCUGAGACUUUACUAUUGACAUCAGCCUUUAAAUCAAAGCAAACAUCUUUCAAUUUUGGAGAAUAACCAGCUGGCUCAGAAAAGAAAUUAAAUACCAGGGAAUCCAUGAAAUUAAAGCCAAUCAAUCAGGGAUGGAGAAAUAUUUUAAAUGUACACACUUUAGCCAUAACUGAAUUACAGCAGAAGUUUCCUUCACAAAAUGUGUUUGUGAAUUGUCUUGAACAGGAAAGUAGAGCUGUACAGUAUGGAGUGGCAAGAUGCUGUGGAUCUAUCCAGCUUUAUUGUGAGUGCAGCACCUUUCGGUGGUCCAAUAGGUAAGUACAUCAGACUUCUUCUAAGUUUUGUUUAACCAACAAGGUGGUCAGGUUUCAUUUCCCUGCAUUAUCUUGUGGUAAAUGGAGCUCCCCAGGGUGAAAGUUUGAGAGCACUGCUAAUGAAUUAAAAUUGUUUGAGCCAGAUGAACCACAGAAAUGCUCUUUACAGCACUGCAAGUACUGGUAUUUGUAAAUUACAGGGCUUCUGAUAUUUCACACGGUUGUGGAGCCGUGAAAUUCAGGUAAAUCUGCGAAAUUCACAAAAACACGAAAAAUACCGUGAAAUUCAGUAGAAAUCUUAUCAAAUACAUGUCUGUAUAAAUAUUUGAAACUUAUUUCAGCUACAGGGGCUAUUUACUUGCCAUAAACUUGCAAAUUUAUCUUGGAACUUCGUCACUGAAACGUGCAAACAACGUCCCGAAACCACCAGGCGUAGAUUAUGUUGCGAAAAACUGGGCACUAGCCAUGAUGUUAAAGGUUUUGCCAUUGGGUCAUUUCUGGAGCAUAUUGUUGUUGAAAGAGCAAAUGAUGACCUCUGUUGGAAAACGUUAAAAAUGCGGGUCUGAUCAGCGCAAAACCGAUCGAUUUCUAGCAAAAUUUGCCUUGAAAAUAACCACAAAAUCGGCUGUUGUUACCGAUUGCUUUUUGGUGAAGUUUGCCCUGAAAACUGCCGUGAAAUAGGCUGAUUUUUGCCUCAAAUUUGUCGCUAAAAAUCCCGUGAAAUUUGACUUUUUCCUCCGCAACCUAUCAGAAGCCCUGAAUUUAUGUCUAUAGCAGGAAGAGACCAUUAUACUGUAACAGAAUUUUGUUUCAGUCAACUGUCUGUACAAGUCAAGGGAUUUGGCUGAAAAUAGUUUAAAGGAAGAAAACAACUAUGAAGAACAUCCUGCUUCUAAUUACUUUAGAACAGCUAGUGCAUAAAACAUGCAAUUAUUGAUACAAUAUUAAAAAAUUUCAUUACUUUCAACCUGCAGUCCAGCUGUCUUGCAUGUAGGUGAUUAACUGUCAGGAAUAGUUUAAAAAAAUAAUAAUUGAAUUGGGCUCCAUUGCUAAAUUGCACCCUGCCCUUUUUUUUGGUGGUGUGGGGGGAUGAUUAGUAUUUUAAACCAGAUUUUAUAAUUGCUGACAUUGCAUACUCAUAAUUGCUAACUCAUGUACACUUUUACAUAUGUGGUGUGGGGGGGUGAGGAUGGUAGACCUGAAUAUUUACAUGUCCUGCUCCUGCAGCCCCCUCAUUUCCUUUUUGGAUGGAAGGUUUUCAUUAAUUUUGUUGUUUUUGAAAUUUUCAGCCCUGAUAAGAGAUGACAAGCAUUUUACUCGAGUCCAAGGAUCAGCUAUUAAUAAACCCAUCAUUCACAUUUUUUCCUCUGCUGGAAGGGAACUUGCCACAGUUAAGGUAUAUAAUAUGUCUUUCUUUUAAUGUCUACUACUGUUUGUUGUUUAACCUGCAAACACCAACAAAGAGGAGUGUCAACCAGGCCGAGCAGGUUACUUGUUGUUUAAUAUUGACAAACUUUGUCAAUAUUGCUCUUGGCUAAAAGACUAACUGCCAUCAUUUUCUGUUAUUGCAUCGGAAAAGGGCAGAAACUUGUAAUAUUAUCAUAUGGCUGGUCAUGUGAGGAGGAAGAUGAAGUAAUGUUCUGAUUGGUUACUGAAGCAGGCAAAAUGGAUCUCUCUUAGUCCAUCACUGACACAAUAGUCUGCUUCACAGCCAUUUUUAAUGUUGUCACACAAUGCUCCUACCUACCUCCCUUUGAGUGACAACACUAAAACUGGCUGUGAAACAGACUAGUCCUUCACUGCAUGGGAAAAGGAACAAAAACAAAAAUGUUCUGCUUCUGUAGGCUAUUGAUCAAGUGAUCUUUUUUAUUCUUAGUGGGAUGGAGGCCCCAUAGUUCAGAUGGGAUGGUCCGUCACAGAGGACCUACUUUGCGUGGCUGAUGAUGGUACUGUGAUGGUGUAUGACAGUCAUGGCACAAUCAAGAAAACCUUGUCAAUGGGACAGGUCAGUGUUAAAUCAUUUUGUACAAGAUUGAAGAAUUUUGUACAAAAAUGAGAAGACUGAAGAAGAAUUAAGACAUGCUACAUGUAUGUUUGUAAAGCACCACAGCUUGACCACUUCCGGUCAACUUGAAGCUCAUCUUAGCCAAUUGAUGCCAUAUCUUAUGUCAGUAAAUUCUUUAACCACCUCAAGUAAAUAUAAUUAUUUUCUGACAAACUUUUUAAUAAUCUUAAAUUUUUCCAUGACCAUGAGCAAAAUACAUGUAUUAAAAUUUUAAUUCAAAAAAAUAAAGAGGUUGUAGAAAAAUAGAAUAGCCAUAGUUGAUUCUUCAUCUCCUUAGUCUCCUAGUCCUAAUUUUUCAUGAAUUAGGGCUAUGAGACAAAGGAAAUUGAGAAUCAACCUUGGUUAAAAAAUUUUAAUCUGAGUAUGAUUUUGACCUGUAACAUAUUUAUGUCGUUUUUGCAUGUGGCCUUCUCAAAUACAAAGCAACUUCAUAGAAUCAUUUAUUGUCUGAUCUGGUGCUUGUGUUUAGUUGGGUAUAGGAGACUAAACUGGUAAUUUUUAUCUUCAUUUUUUUGUAGGAUGCCAAGGAAUCCAAAGUUCUUGACUGCAAAACCUAUUAUUUUGCUGGAAGGACUGGCAUAG